AUGUCUUUCUUCAGCAAAUUCAAAGACACCAUCCGCGGCAAGAAGAAGGAGAAGAAAGUCAAGACGGCAAAGACGGACGAAACAGCUCCUACCGCACCCGCUGGCGACGUUCACAUCCUGCCUGUUCCCGGAAACGAGAAUCAUCCUCCCGAGUCUGGUGGUGGACUAAACUCGAACCCGCAGCAAGCCGUCUUGAGCGGCGCAGGUCCGCAGAUCCUUACUCCGGAGCAAGCUGCCGCGCUCGAGCCUCCAAAGACCCGUGAAGAAUUGCAUGCACGUGCCGAAGCACUCAAUGCAUAA